AUGGCCAUUGCAGUUCCUGAUAGUGAACGCAGGAGUUCAUACGCUUUUCACUCUGCUGUUCAUAUUCUUAACGGAGACAUCGAUGCAUUCGAAUGGACGCGGUUUCGGUACUUUGCCGGACGCGUGCGCAUCAUCACGGACGCAGGCACAAGUAACAUUGAUGCAGCAGUGUUUCAAUCGCUCACCCAUUUUAGUCAUGGCCGACCCCUCAUUCCCUCGCUGAAGGAAUUCAGUGGGAACGUGCUGCUGGAUUACGGACAGCCGGAUCACUACCGAAUAAACGAUGCUGAAUUGGUCUCAAUGAUGUCUCCCUCCGUUCGCCGGCUGCGAAUCAAGCUACGGGACACAACUGGUUGCGUCCACCCACCAUUUCCCACAGAUGACGUCCCCAAAUGCUGCUGCAUAAGCCUGCAGAUCUUAUGUCAAGGAACGGGGCCGUACCUCCCCACUUCCCGAAUUCUCUCAGUUACGUCCAUGGCUGGUCUGACUGAGUUAUCCCAUGUGGAUGUAUCUCGGUGUCGUUCCACUGCCACAUUCGGCUUGCUAUGUCACCUAUCCAAACUAGGCAAUCUAGUAGAUCUUGCAGUCGAGGUUGGCGCAUAUGACGAUAUUGCCUCUCACAGAGGGUUUGCCGGCUUGCAGACGCUGAACAUGAGAGGCAAGCUGUCAGGCAUCAUGCAGCUCAUUACUUCAAUCAUAUCACCUCGAUUGCGUACUGGCGAUGUCGCGGAUGGCAUCGAGAACAUUUGGUGCCAAACGAUCGGCACUAUAUCCUCACGUUUCACAAGAUCUGCCUCGGACUUCAUCGAUAAACAGGAGUAUGUUUUGCGCAUCAUUCGACCUCUUCUCGAUCUACAUGACUUAGAAUGUCUCUUCUUUUCAUGGCAUAUCGAGCGCAUGUCGUUGCUCCUCGAGGAUUGGGAGGUUCUCGAAAUGGCGCGUGCAUGGCCAAAGCUCAAGCAGCUUCAAUACUACUUCCAGCUACACAGCCCACCUCCCAUCGACUGCAUAGUCCAUCUCGCUCGCCUCUGUCCCGAUUUGAGGAAGCUCGUGCUCCCUCGCGUCAUGGGUGCCGGCCAGUCGCCGCUCGAAGCGUUUCCCAUCAUGUCUCAUGGGCUCAGAUACAUCGAUCUCGGCCGGCCUGCGUGCCCACAGCGAGUGGCGCAGAUCGCGGACCGUUUGUUCCCGAAUCUAGACACAACAUAUUCCGGGAAGGCGCAGCUGUAG